AUGAACACGAUGGCAGCAUCGCCUGGAUUGCAGGAAGACGAGCUAGCGCUGGCUGAUGAGAAAGCCGAUGUCGACGUGGGUCUAGUCCCUCCCACAGACUGGAUUGGAAUACCUCCUUUGCACCACCAAACGGAGUUGUGGAUUCCCGAUACAGCCGAGGAACUUGCCCGCCAAACAGUUUCUCCGGCAGUGCAUUUCCCAGAAACCUGGCAACGGCAUCGUGGUACAGCUUCACCUCGCAGCGCCGACGUAUUAUGGGAAGAAGUGCCUCCUCAUCUUGUCCCAUUUGUUCCUUAUAUAGAUGAGAAGAAGGAAAAGACGGCCAUCGGACCUCAGAUGCAUUCGCCUUUCCCAUCCUAUUUGAUCGAUGUCGAGAACGGAAGUCUGGUAGUUGCACCUGAACACCCCCGUUACGUCGCUUUGAGUUGUGUUUGGGGCGGGGCAGAGACUUCAGCUUGCGUUACGAUGGCGAAUCUGGCAGCACUUCAAAUGUACAACGGACUGUACAGCGGGUUCGUAUCAUUGCCCAGUCUUGUUCGAGACGCCAUCAAUUUGGUGAAGGAUUCGGGACUUCCUCAUUUAUGGCGAAGGAUGAGAUAG